AUGGAUUCUUUCGAAGGUCAAUAUGAUCAAGUAUGCAAGAUGGAUCUUGGGUAUUCAAGGUCUCCUUCCCCCUAUGUAUCACAGUCUCGAUCUAGAUCCAAGUCUAGGUCUAAGUCCAAAUCAUGGUCAAGACCAAGGGACAGGUCCAGGUCUAGAUCAAGGUCCAGGGGUCGUGGGAGGAAUACACUUUAUGUGACUGGUUUAUCCACUAGGGUGACAGAAAGAGAGCUUGAAGAUCAUUUCUCCAAAGAGGGAAAGGUUGCUACAUGUUUUCUAGUUGUGGAGCCCCAUACACACGUCUCUUGUGGUUUUGCUUUUAUUACAAUGGAUACUAUCGAUGAUGUCAACCGUUGCAUCAAAUGUCUAAUGCUGCUAGUGGCUGAUGGUUGUUGCUUGUUGGUCAGCUACUGCUACUGCAAUGUUGCUAUGAGGCAGUUGCCACUAGAUGCUGGCCUGCUGCAAAUUUCUUUCGUAUUGUUACACACAGUGCCUGUAUUGUAUGAGAAGUAUGAGGACCAAGUUGAUUCGUUUUCAGAGAAAACAAUGAUCGAGAUCAAGAAAUAG